CAAGGGAAUUACGGCGCAAAACUUAAAUGUUGCAAACAAAGAGUCAGUAAAAAGAGACCAGAUUGACACUACGAUGGGUGAUACAGAAGAAAUAAAGCAGUUAAAUGUAGCUGAUGACACAUCUGUUCAUAUGAUCAAAACUUCUCAGAAAUCAGAGUGUGAGAAAGACAAAAAAUCCACUCUUCCUAUCCCAAGGCCUCGUGUAAAGAAACGUCUCAGUGGGUCCUUCCCAGAUGACUUUACAGCUACAGAGAAGACAUCUCAGGCUGGAGAGGAGGCAGAAGCAGCAAGGCAAGCUGUCCCCAUGGAACUGUCAGCGGUUCAACACAACCAAGACUUUCCCCCUUGUCUGGGUCUCCAACCUCCUACAUCUGGAGAAAAGGAAACUGCUGUAAAGUUAAGGAGAAGCAAAUUGACCAUUAAGAGCAGUGGUCAAGUAGAAGAUCAUAACACUUCAGAGAACACAUCAGGAACCUCAAUCUUGCUUGUACCAAAACCAAGAGUAAAGAAACGUUUCAGUGGUUCGUUCCCAGAUGACACAACAGUUUCUGGCUCACCACCCUCAGGCCUGUCAGACACAGAACCUGACGCCACUGGUCAUGAACCAUUCCGACAGAAUGAACAGCCAAACUUGCCUGUUCCAUUGCGUCGAGACAAGAAACGUCUCAGUGCAACUUAUUCAGAUGGCACACCGCCUGCAGAUAAUUUUUUACCCGUACAAACAGAAUCUUCACAGAGAAGCACAGAGGAUACAUGGACCACUAGCCAGGAAACAAAGGAAGGUUCAACAUCGCUGGAUUCAAGUGUGAUUUCUGAAGGAGGUUUUGUCACCAUCCAAGGAGAAGAUUGUGUUGCAUCUGAGGUGGAACGUGACGGGUUAACAGUAUUGGGAGAGGAAGGAUUUGCUCAGUCAGACUCAGUAGAAAAUACUGACACAGAGAAGGCACUGGAUGAAAUAACUGAAGGCUGGACCUUAACAGAUAAACCUGGUGUUACAGAUGACUCAGAGCAAGCUACAGAGGCAGUAUCUGAGCUGGCUGACAUUGAAAAAGUCCUGGAAACAGAGGUUGAUAUUUCCAUAGCUUCUACUGUUACAUCUGUUCAGGACGACUGGCUGCAUGUGGAGGAUGUUAAAGGCAGUGAACCAAUGGAAAUAAAGAAGGAAAUGAGGGAUGAAGAGUUGGACUUUGGCUUUGUGACUGUAGAUGUAGCUGCUGGUUGUGUAGAGGAAGAAAGGCAAAAAGAGAGAGCUGAAGAAUCUUCAGGUGAGCCUGUACCUGUGCCCCGUGGCAAGAAGCGUUUGAGUGGUUCUUACCUAGAUGACAAGUCACAAGUUUCUGGUUUCCACCCAGCCAGUGAACCAACAACACCUCAGAAAAGACCUACAGAUGGGGCUGCCUCUUCAGAAAGUCCAUCAGGCAGUCCAAGAUUAGUGACUUCCAGUCAGUCUCUACUGGAAUGGUGUCAGGAAAUCGCACAGGCUCACAAAGGAGUGAGGAUAACCAACUUCAGCACCUCCUGGAGGAAUGGCUUGGCCUUUUGUGCCAUCUUACAUCAUUUCUGCCCAGAGAAGAUUAAUUAUGAAUUACUGGACCCAUAUGACAUCAAGCACAACAACAAAAAGGCUUUUGAUGGUUUUGCAGAACUUGGCAUUUCCAGGCUGAUGGAGCCCUCUGACAUGGUCAUGUUAGCUGUGCCUGACCGUCUCAUUGUCAUGACCUACCUCAGCCAGAUCCGCACCCAUUUCACGGGCCAGGAGCUCAGUGUGCUUCAUAUAGAUAAGGACAGCAGUGAGUCCAGCUAUGCAGUAGCAGCAGACCGGGAGAUCCAAGAGGACACCGAGGAAACUAUUCGCUACUGUGCACAGAGGCUUCAGGAAGAGGGUAUAGCUCUUGAGACUAAUGGGGCUGCUGGUACAGCAGAGGACAGUAAAACCAGUAGGGACGUGGUUCCACCUCCCAGAACCAAACGGUUGCAGGUUGCAGGGGCAGGUGGGGCUCAGGCACCGGUGGCACCACCAAGAACUCAUUUCCUGUCCAAAUCAGGUUUCUCUCAUGUCAAAGAUGCAGAUCUGGUCAAGAAGCGUAGGUCACAGCGGAGGAGUGGGUCAGUAGAAGAAGGAGAACUAUCAGUGGCCAUUGCAGGACAGGAAGACAGUGCCCGGAACACAACAGAAGCUGAUAGAGGAGAGGCUGUGGCUGAGGAGGGGAGACCAGAAGGCCAGGAUCCCAGACAGUAUGCACUGAGUCAGAUGGAAGCCCUGGAAAUGGAACAAAACCAUAUAGAUAACAGAGCUGGAGUGGUAGAGAGAAAACUCAGACAGCUGAUGGAAACAGGCAGUGACAAGGUGGAGGAGGAGAGGUUGAUUCAGGAAUGGUUUAUGCUGGUCAACAAGAAGAACGCCUUAAUCAGGAGGCAGGAUCAUGUGCAGCUAUUGCUGGAAGAACAAGACUUGGAAACAAGAUUUGAGUUGUUAAACAAGGAGCUGAGGGACAUGAUGGCCCUUGAAGAUUGGCAGAAGACUCAGGCUCAUAAACACAGGGAGCAGCUGCUCCUUCAGGAGUUGGUGUCACUGGUCAACCAGAGAGAUGAACUGGUCCACAAUAUUGAUGCCAAGGAGAGAGGAGCUCUGGAGGAGGAUGAACGUCUGGAACGGGGCCUAGAGCAGCGGAGGAGGAAGUAUGCUAAACAGCAGAAGGAGAAGUGUGUGAUGCAGUGAUUCUGUCGACCACUAGCACCACGUGCUGGUUUGUGUUUCUGAAAGAAAGUGCAUGAUGACAAAACCAAGGAUGGAACAGUUGUGUUGAGUCCUCUCUCAUCUGCAAAUGAGCAGUAAUAAGGCAAACAAAGCUGAGCCAAGGGAUGUACUUCUACACAUGGAACCAGUAUGAGGCUGCAGUGUAUUCCCAAUAGAGACCUGAAUGGUCCAAAACCAGAGUGAGGUUCUGGAAACCGUCUCAAUCGACUCGAGUGUUAGUUUUGGUUUGCUUUUCCAUUUGAGUGUCUUCAAAGUGUGGCAUUAGGCUCCAUUUUAUGACCAAAGAUCAGAGUAGUUUAAGUGGUGUCAGUGUCUUGUCCAAUAACCCACUCAGCAGGAGAGGCAUCAAGAGAGCUGCUUGUACCUUUGGACUGUUUGCAGUUUCUGUGCUGUGUUUUUAAAUUGCUACAGAUUGUGAUUGUAGAUAUAAAGUGUGAAAGUGUGUAUGAGAGUGGAAAUGUCCGUUACAGUUUGGUACAGAUAUGAGUUGCCAACAGAUUAGGGUUAGACAUGUUGAUACCUAAGCUUUGGUACCAAUACACCUGAAAUUACAAUAGAAGAAAGCCUCAGAAAUAAUCCCAACCUUACAAACCAUGACAAAGGACGUAGAUUAUCUACAAGACCAUUUUCAGGUCAGCCACAAGUUUUGGUGGAGGUUUGGGUAAUGUUAGGAAAAAACUACAUGGUAGGUUGUAGCAUAGGUUAAAAUACCUACAUAGGAACCUUUUUGGUCAUGGUUAAAAGAAACCAUUGUGACAAUCAGUAGGAAAUAGGAAACAAACAGCCAUUGCCCAAUGCCAUCAAGACUCCUCAAUCUACUCUAACCUCGUGUCCUCGUGGGUUUCAUUCGCACAGCUACAAGAAGUUCUCCUUUGGGUCAACAGAAACAUAGGACAAUGUUAAGGCAUUUUCUUGUGAAGCCAGUGCUGAAAUGCCACUGAACAAUAAAAGUUACAUUAGUUAUUUCUGAGUUCUGUGUUUGCAGUGACUCUACCUUUACAAAAGCAUCCAACACGAGCCAUCAGACAACCAGACAACCACAUUAUUUAAACCACAUAUUACACCCAACUGUCAAUUUGAUGUGAUUGUAGCAUUUUUUAAAGGAUUUUACAGCCUAUAUUGUUGUCUUCUGUGGUGUCAUUUUCAAAACAGCCACCUGAUGGUGACAAAGCAGGACAUUAUCAAAGCCUACACAUAGUUUUACAAUUGAAGGGAAAUUUACAUUAAACAUUUUAGCUACAUUCACCUUCCGUUUCACUUCCAAAUAAUUUAGUUUAGAAUCUACAGUUCAGCCCUACCUGCCAUACUCACCUAUUUACCCAUGCCUACCUUUAGCAAUUAAUUUAGUGAGUAAAACAUUGUCAUAACUGAAAAAAUCACCACCUCUAGCUAAAUAUAAGGCAAUUACCUUUAAGGCAGGUUGAGGCAGGCAUGUUUCUGUUUACAGAGCAACAUCCCUGAAGCUGUUGACAAAAGUCAUCUGCACUAUAUUGGUAUUGGGUAACACUUAUUUGCAAUUAUCAGAUUUAUGUUAAGUCCAAAAUUGCACAUACAGUGUAGGCCUACUGUAUAUCUGCAAACAAAGACGUUUUAAACACAUAAUUUGUCACCAAAGUUGCCUUACUGUAGGAAGUGUUACAUUAUGAAUGCCUGUAAAAAAACAACACAGUUCAAACGGAAUGUUACUGAGUGACUGUGAUUGCGUUUAAUCCAUUGCGUUCAGGAAAAUGUGGAGUAGGGUCUGUUUUUAGGACUACUCUAUCUUUUAUGAUUGAUGCCUUGUUAUUGACUGACUGUUAACUGCUUUAUGGAGAAGUUUCCUUGUUGAUGUGACUGUAACCAAAGGACUUAGACAGAAAAUUGAAAAUGUUCUGUUGCAGUCAAGUCAGUGUGGUAUUGGUCAGUGGUAAAGUAAAGCAAUGGGUGUCAAAUUUCACUCAAAUUAAACUCACAGCAAAAGAUUUGUGUAGAUUUUUUUGUCACUGGGUAAUGUGAUGUAUUGAUUUAUGUUACCAUUUACAUUUAUUCCUUUGGCAGAUGCAUUAAAUAACUUAUUGGAUUCAUUGAAAGUUUGACUAUUUAUUCAAGAUGUUUUAACUGGAGAAGCAGCCACGCAGAUGUUUUCUUUCUUUUUAUGUGUAACAAAGGUCAUAGCCCUCUUUACUGCAGCAUUUGACUUCCAUCUCUGUUGAAAAUCAGCACAGAACCAUUUAGUGCACUCCUAUUCAUGACAAUGACUGUGAGACCUGUUCAUACAGGAUUUUUUUGCCACAGAUCAGGAAAGUCUAAGAAAAAAUUAUAAGUAAUUGAACAUGUUUAAUGAAUCCCACCAAUAGCAGGUAAUUAAAAAUAACAAUUGCACAUUUAAAUUUGCUAAAAUGAAAGCUGGAGAUGUGAAUGUUUGUGCAUGUAAAAAAACAACAACACAAAUCUUCAUUAGCACAGUGUUAAAAUUUGCCAAAAGUGAAUUAACACUUCCAUCUUUUAAUAAAGUUGUUGUACUAAAAAAGUUAUGCAUCUUUACUUACAGGUGCAUGCUGUAACACAGUGACAUGUCUGUGAAAGAGAUUUUAUUUUGUGUUUGUCAAAAGCAUUGCUGUUGGAAACUUUUUAUUUGUUGUCUUCAUGUUACAUUUGCACUAUUUGUAAAGUUUGGAAAAUACAAAAGAUUUGAAUGCCUUUA